AUGCUCUGUGUGCGUAACGACGUCACAGAUAAAGUUCUCCAGAAACACCUUAAGCACACCUCAGAGUUCCUCGUAGAUCAAUCUCGAGAUGCACUUCACUCCGCCACGGCGCGCAAGACGUCGAAUGGUGGGUUUCGUGAUACCCUGGAUGUUGUCACGCAGUACCUUCCUGUGACGAUUCGCGCCUCCUUUACCCAAGCCUUUUCCACCUUUGCCUCGACCGGACAUCGCUCAAUUCGAUACGUGCAAAGCGCUGUUAACAAUGGACACCAACCAACAAAGAAGCAGAGAGGACACCUGAGGUGA